AGACGUGUGUCGUGUACUAGUGCUGUCGUGUACUAGUGCUGUCGUUGUAUUGGUGGUGUUUGGCUACUUUUUGUUUUCGUGGCAAACAAAAUAGUGACCGUAUCACAGUAAACAACCGACUGUUUUCCGUAGUUUACUGUUGUGAAAAUUCCGUCAUCUUUCGACGCGCCCGAACAGGAAAAUCCAUUUCCCCUGCACCGUUGGACGUUUUAGUUGUCUGAUUAAACAUGAGGAACUCACGUACUGCCAAACCAAAGGAGACCAACAAACAGAAGAAGGAGAGAAAGAAGGAAUUCUUGGAAAACAAAAAAAAUGUUGUUUCGGUUGUAUUGCCCACUUUGACCGUCAUAUUUGCUCUCAUCACGCUGUUCAUUUACUUGAAGGUGCAUCCAAAUGCAUUGAACUUCAUGGCUUCUGAGAAAUCGCUCUAAACAAUGAAUCUAAUUAUUAUAAUAUCAUAUCUUUUCCAUUCCCUUCUAUUGUACACAUAAUCACUCCCAAUUUAAGUUUCAGAGUUUUUUUUUUUUUUAUUUAUGGCAUCUGUUAAUAUGUUUAUGCGCCAUAGUUGUGUGCUUACAUUUCAGGUUAAUGAUACAAAUAUUAACUUUCAAACGUCAUGUUAAAAUUUUAAGUAUCCUGUUUAUAUUAUUUGACGAACUAUUUUUAUCAUGUUAUUUGAUAAUAUUUGUUUACUAAACCCAAAUGUAUCUACAAAUAUUAUUAAAAAAUUAUAAAUUUAUUUGAUUUGAUAUUUGUAUUUUAAAUGUACCGAUCAUUGCCUUAUAUUUUAUUUUAUUAGUAAUUAAAUUCAUUAUACUUAUUCUAUUUUUGAAAUUUAAUUAUAUUUAUUUAAGACUGUUGUUUUAUAA